AGAGUUAACGAGGUUGCUACCGUUUCACACCAAAUUAAAUCGAGGUACCAAUCAAUAACAGGCGCGAUGAAGCUUUUCGGGGUUCUGCUGCUGGUGAUAGCAAGUGUUCUAGUGGGUGCCGGGCCGGUUGGAACAAAGAUCGAUGAAAAUGAAGUUGAUCGCUCUGGACCCAUGUCUGCCAACAUGAACAACUACGUUGACAUCAUUAUGAUUCAAAUUGGACCAUGGCUGAAUCAGAACUUUGUUCCCAUUGAUUUGCCAGACUUUAUCGAGGGUUUUGAACACAGGCCGAUUAUAAUUACCUAUCAUGGAGAAAUUGAACUUACCAACGGUGUAUUCCAUAGCAUCCAAAGUGUGGUUCGUAGUGGAACUGCAAUGAUGCAUUAUGAUAGAAAAGUUUUGCGGGUUGUACUCGGAGCUAACAUCAGACAGCUAGGGUUCACUUACGAUUACUCUGCCCACAUUAUGGAUCUGGGGCCAUCCGGAUGGGUUGAUGUUGACAUCGCAACCAUGACAUUCCAGUUCGAAUUCGCCAUUGACUUGUCGAACUUCUUCAUCUAUCUGGAACAUUUCCAGCUGACCAACAUUGGCAACUUGAACAUCCGAUUCCGAGGCAACAUUCUGGUUGACUGGCUAUCCAACAUCUUCGUUGGAAUCAUCACUACUAUUUUCAACAACACCAUCACAAACAUCGUAUCCAACUCGAUGCACGAUUUCAUUCAGGCCACUCUGGACGAGAUGAAUGCCCGCGUGCAAGCUCAGGGACGUGCUUUGACUGAGCAUGAGCUGGCCAACCUCGUUCACCAGCUGAAGACCAUGUUUUGAGGCACAAAAUGCACAAUGGACGAAUGACUGAAACUGAAAUCAAAGUCAAAUGGAUUACUCAUGUAAAGUUUGUUUCUAAUUAUGGAUUUAAAUUGAUCUACUCUGCAAUUAA